UAUAAGCUACAGGCAUUUGCAUUCUCUUUAUCUCUUGUGCUUUCCUUCUGGCAUUUCAAUGGCUUCACCCAUGAAAACCAGUGAAGUUUCUUUACUUCCCACUUCCAUCACUACUUCUCCAUGGACGUACGAUGUCUUUCUGAGUUUCAGAGGAGAUGACACCCGAACGACCUUCACCGAGAGCCUACACACGGCUUUAAAACAAAGAAAGAUCGAGGUUUUCAUAGACUACGAACUCAGCAGAGGAGAAGAAAUUAAACCAGAACUCCUGAAAGCAAUCGAAGACUCAGGCAUUUCCAUCAUCGUCUUCUCGAAGAACUAUGCUUCGUCUUCAUGGUGCCUUGACGAACUCUUGAAGAUCAUGGAGUGCAGAGAAAAUAUGGGUCAGAUCGUUCUUCCUGUUUUCUAUGACAUCGAUCCGUCCUACAUCAGGAAACAAAGCGGGAGCUAUGCGGAUGCUUUUGCCAGGCACGACAACGACAAGCGCUUCACAGAGGAGAAGUUGAAAGCGUGGCGAGAAGCUCUCACCAAUGCUUCCAAUUUAGCUGGGUUCAAUCUACAAAACGAGGAUCAAGAAAAGUUUAUCCAGAGGAUUGUUGAAAAUGUUCUGACAAGGAUGAGCAAAAAGCCUUUGAAUGUUGCUGUUUAUCCAGUUGGAAUGGAUUCCAGAGUAAAAGAAAUUUUCUCAAUGUUAGGUACCUGCUCAAAUGAUGUCCGCUUUGUAGGGAUAUGUGGUAUGGCCGGAAUAGGGAAGACAACCAUCGCUAAGGCUGUCUAUAAUCGCCUCUGUCAAGAAUUCGAAGGCAGCAGCUUUCUUAGUAAUGUUGGAAAAAAAUCUGAACAAAUCAAUGGUCUAGCUCGCUUACAAGAAAAUCUUCUUUCUGAUAUCCUAAUAAAAGAGAACCUAAGUAUAAGAGACACUCGUGAAGGAAUCGAUGUGAUACAGAAAAAACUCUGUAAUAAAAAGGUUCUUAUUGUUCUUGAUGAGGUGGAUCAAAGUAGCCAAUUAGAGGCAUUAGCCAGAAAGCAUGAGUGGUUUGGAGAAGGAAGCAAAAUCAUCAUAACAACUCGAUACAAGCAUUUGCUAAAUUUGGUUCCAGUAGAUGAAACAUAUUCAGUGAAAGAAUUGGAUCCUCAUGAAUCUCUGCAACUCUUUAGUUGGCAUGCCUUCAGAAAAAACUGUCCUGAAGAAGGUUACUUGGAACUCUCAAGAGAUGUAGUAAGUUAUGUAAGAGGACUUCCAUUAGCUCUAAAGGUUUUCGGUUCUUUUCUAAUUGACAAAAGAAGAACAUCUGAAUGGAUAAGUGCAUUGGAGAAGUUGAGAAAUAUCCGGCCUGAUGAAAUUGAACAAAAGCUUAGAAUAAGCUUUGACGCAUUAGAUCGUGAAAAUAAGGAAAUAUUCCUUGACAUUGCAUUCUUCUUCAUUGGGAUGAACAAGAACUAUGCAAUUGAAAUAUUAGAUGGUUGUGGUUUCUCCUCAGAAGCUAGUAUAAGUGAUCUUGUUUACAGAUCUCUGAUCACAAUCGAUGAAAAUGAUGAGAUAAGAAUGUCUUUUCUACUUCGAGACAUGGGAAGGGAAAUUGUCCUUCAAGAAGCUCCAAAAGAUUGUGGGAAGCGCAGUAGAUUGUGGUCUCAUAAAGAUGUCUGUGACAUUUUGGAAAAUAAGAUGGGAACAGAAAAUGUUGAAGGCCUCAUCCUAGAAAACCCUGAAACAAUGGAAAUGAAAUUUGUUACAGAAGCCUUUGCAAAUAUGAAAAGGCUAAGACUGCUUCAACUCAAUAAUGUGGACAUCAAUGGGGACUAUGGACUUAUUUCCAGAAAGUUAAGAUGGCUUCGAUGGAACCGAUUCUCUUUGGAAUUUAUACCAACUAAUUUUCAUCUGGAUAACCUUGUUGCUCUGGAAAUGCAAUACAGUAAAAUCAAACAAGUCUGGAAGGAAGAAAAGUUGCUCAAGAAUUUGAAAAUACUUGAUCUCAGUCAUUCUGCUGACCUAGUUAAAACCCCGGAUUUCUUAAGUCUCCCAAACCUUGAGAGGUUAAUUCUUGAAUGUUGUACAAGUUUAGUUGAGGUUCACCAUUCAAUUGGACAUCUUCAUGGACUUAUUGUCUUGAAUCUGAAAGAUUGCAAAAGUCUUCAGAUUCUUCCAGAAAGCAUUUGUAACGUGAAAUCUCUGAAAAAUCUUAUUCUCUCUGGAUGCUCUAGUCUCAAGAUGUUGCCAGACAAAUUGGGGAGUAUGGAAUCACUAAUGAACCUUUCUUUGGAAGAAACUUCUAUAGAACAGCUACCCAAUUCUAUUGUACAGUUGGAGAACCUAAAAACUUUAUCUAUCAAGGGAAUCAAGGAACCACCAGAAUCUCUGAGAAAAACUCCCGACUCAAUUGGCCUACUACCGGCUUCAUUAUCCGGUCUACGGUCAUUAAAAUCUCUCAAAAUUAGAAAUUGUAAUCUAUUAGAAGGUCCCCCUAGUGAGAUUGGGAGCUUAGCGUCAUUAGAAUAUUUGGAUCUCUGCGGCAGCCAUUUUUGCAGUCUACCAAACACCAUCAGUCAACUUUCUAAGCUCAAGAAUCUCUGGUUGGGUGACUGCACGAGGCUUGAAGCACUUCCAGAACUUCCAUCAAAUUUAGACUACUUGCACACUGGUGGCUGCACAUCAUUGAAAGAAUUUUCUAAUCUUUGGAGCUUAUCUUCUUUGGAAGGAUUAGAUAUAAGCCAAACCAGUGUUUGUAAUUUGCCAAGCAGCAUCCGUGGCCUUUCUCAACUUAAGGAACUUAUGCUAGAAGACUGCAAAAGACUUAAAUCAAUCCCAGAACUCCCAUCAAGUCUGGAAAGAAUAUAUGCUAGUGGUUGCACAGAAAUGGAAAGAUUACCAAAUCUCUCAAACUUACAGAAACUAUCACUCCUGAUACUUACGGAUUGCCACAAGUUAGCUGAGAUUGAGGACCCACAAAGGAAGGAACCCAUUCAAGAAAUUCACAUGGAUAGGUGCAAAAAUUCGUAUACCUUUAUGAAGAGUUUCCUAAAUCUUCUCCAGGGGGCAAAAGAUGAAUGUAGUGGAUUUAACGCCAUACUUGCUGGGAGUGAGGUUCCUGAUUGGUUUACAUGUCGAACCCUAGGUUCUGAAGUGUCAUUUGAGGUGCCUCUAGUAUUGGGUUGUAAGGUCCGAGGGCUCACUUUGUGUGCUGUUUAUGCCGGAUACGACGAAACCUGCAUAUUCAGCAUUGCUCAUUAUGCUUAUAUCAUUAAUAUAACGAAAGGUGUUCAUUGGCUACUAAUGGGCAGUCAAAUUCACGGUAAAAACAGUUGUAAAAACAACAUGUGGGUGAGGCAUAGAGCACAUCCUGACAUGGGGAAAUGGUUGGAAGGUGGGGAUCAAGUAAGGGUUAUGGUGCAUGCUACAGAAGCGCACAAGGUGAAGAUGUGUGGGGUGCAUUUGGUAUACAAGCCUGAUGAUGAGAAGCGUUCGAAUGUCGUCAUUGUUGAAGAUGAACGGUCAAUGUUAGGUAAUUCGAGGGCUAAGAAUAAGAGACAGAGAAAUCAAAAUGGAGCAGGACCCAGUAAUAUCCUGUCUGAUCCAGCACUUUUUAACCCACAUCUUUUCUAUUAGUUCUCAGUCAGGCUUUGAGUCAAUCGUAUCUCAAAAGGAGGAGACACUACUUAUUCUAGCAUUAUUCUAGCAUUGUUAUUUGUGAAGUUGUUUGUUGUCGUUCCUGCUGUUCCUUUUUGGUUGCUUUUAUUUUUGUUGUUGUUAUAACAGUUAAUGCACUUAUACCUUUUCUUUUUAGUUCUUGUUUUUGGUGGUGCUGUCAUAGUUAAUCAAAUUAGUAUUAUUGUCUUUGCUACUGCUGUUAA